AUGGCCCUCUGUUUGGGGCCCACGGGGUCGGGCAAAACCCUCCUGUUAAAAAAGCUUCAAAAUAUCGAAAAUGUGGACACUACAGCCAGCUCAGUGCCCACAGUCGGCACCAACAUGUUUACAAUAAAAAUCGAUAACGAAAUUUACCACAUUCGAGAGCUCGGUGGUGUGAUGUCCCCCUUGUGGUCCAAAUAUUUCAACAGUGUUCAAAAAAUUAUCUACGUCGUUGAUGCUUCAAAUCUGUGCCAGAUCAGCGCCGCUGGAAUCCUCCUCUACACGAUGAUAGCCAAUCCAAUGCUAGCAAACGCAAAAUUCCUCCUCGUAUUGACAAAAAUGGAUGUUAGUUACCGACAAAUGCGCAAUGAAGCUCUACUAAUGUUACAAAUGCGUAGGUUUGAAAAGGAAAUUAAACAAAAAGUUACAAUAACUGAAGCAAGUGCGAUCACGGGUGAAGGAAGAGAAGAAAUACUGAAUUGGUUAAAGAAGAAAUAACUUUCACUUUGUCUUUUUAUUUAACACUUUCGGUUUCAAAAAACAAUUUCACACUUGACUGGUUUGCCAUAAGCUUUCAAUUUUAAGUCAUAUAUAAAAGUUAAAGCCGGGAUUUAACCAGCAGUUAACCCAAAGACAUCAAACACAAUGUUCAAUCUUAAAGCAAUUAUUUUGGUGGUAGCCCUCCUCUACCUGACCCAAGUACAUUCAAUUCCGGUGUAUGAUGAUUUAGAGGGCGCUUCAUCCGAUCACGAUUACGCAAGAGUCCAGAUUAAAGUCUUUCGAGGCCCCACAGAAGGACAUGACCAUUUCGCCCCUUGGGGCUACUGGGUGAAACAACCAGCCGAUGACCACCACUAAAUUACUCACCUUAUUUUUGUAUUGUUGAUUUUAUUUCAUAAAUAAAUAAUUUGUUACGUUAA